AUGACUGAAACGAAAUCUUUAAACAGGAUGAUAAUUCACCCUGACAUUGAACCUGGUGUAAUAGACAAUGCUAUGCUCACACGAUGCAUAUUAGAAUACGGACCAAAAGAAGAAGCGGGAAGAUUAUUCGCAGAGGAAGGUGUUCAUUUAGACGAAGCGCAAACAGUGCGUCUUGAAUUUCAAAAUAUUUUAAGAAUUGAUCAUCUUUGGAUGCUUAAGUCACUUAGGAAACUUACGUUAGCCCACAAUUUGAUUGAAAAAAUCGAAAACUUGGAACAACUGACGGGUCUCAACGAAUUGGAUUUAUCGUUCAAUAAAAUAGAAAAAAUUGAAAAUUUAAAUGCUCUGGUGAAUUUGGAAGUACUAACCCUCUUCCACAAUAAAAUAAGAAAACUAGAGAAUAUGGAGGAGUUAAAUAAGUUACUAGUUUUUAGCAUUGGAGAUAAUUUAAUUGAAGAUUAUAAAGAGGCACGUAAUAUGGCUUAUUUAAGGAGAUUCCGAUUCCUUCGCUCAGUGAGCUUUAAAGGUAAUCCAUGCUGCGACGAUCCCAUGGCUUAUCAGUUUAUGAAGUCGGCGUUAGUAAGGGUGACCUACUUGGAUUAUAAAAUUAUCACGGACGAAGAGAGAGAAAAUGGGAGAGCUCUUUUUAGAGGUCUCUUGCGGAAAUUGGACGAGGCAGACGAAAAGGCAGAAAAUGAAAGGCUUGCUAAAGAAGAUUACGAUUCUAAGGUUGAGUUUUACGCGCUCUCAUUCGUAGAGUACUUGAGCGGGCCGGAGCUUCUAGAGUCCAUGUUUGAGAAAGACCCGGACGGAUCGCUACUUCUUAAAUUGGGCGGAGAACUGUUGAACUUCUAUGAUCAAUACAAAGAGCAAUAUGUGGAGACGAUGGCUGGACUAGUAGAGUACGCUCAACAGGCUUACAAUGAGAGGCAGUACGAAAUUAAACUAUUUAAAGACCUUGUGGAUAAUGCAUUGGCUGACAGCGUUAAUAAAAGUAAAGAGGUAGUAAAACAGUUUGAAGAUAAAAAAGCGCGUCUUGUGGAGCAGAUGAACGAGAUAAUUGUGAAGUUCGUAACAAAACAAGCAACUCUAGAGCAACUGGAGCCAAGUAUCGUGGACCUCGGAGAGACCUUCAAUGACGCGUUGUUUGAACUUUGGAAGAGCCUUAUGACAAUAGAAAUGCAGCUGUUCGAGCAAUGCGAGGAGUCCCGAACGCAGUUCGCGGUGAAUCUAACGGAGAUGGUGAGCAAGCUGUUGGAAGUGUCGCGUGGAGCGUUCGGCGCGUGGCGCGAGAGCGAACUAGUGUGGAGUACGCGCCAAGCAGACACGCUCGCCAACAUGCUCGGUAACCGGCUGUUGCUGGGCGACGCACCUCCAGACUUGAUAGAGAUCAUGAUGGACCGCGAUACGAUGAUGAACGUGGUGGCCCAAUCGUCGGACAAUCACAUGCGUUUCAUCGAUGCGCGCGAAGAUCUUCUAAUGACACGCGCCAACAACUGGCGUGACCAGCUCAUAAGUGGAACUAACGAUAACGAAAUAAAGCGAAACAGGGACAGGAUAUUGGAAAUAAAUUAUUUUAUUGACAAUCAAAGAGAAGCAUGGACGGAUAUGCAAAUGAGUUUGACGGAAGCCGUCGAUCCUGAGGCAGCUGCGUUAUUUGGUGACGAUUAUAAUUAA